UGGCAGUGAAAACUGAAAAGGGCUAUCAAUAACGGGCAGUGCUGAAAUCACGCUAAGAGCUGUCGCUGUGGUUCAUCGGUACAUGGAGUAAAGACAUGCAUUAACUGCAUGCCGUCUAUAGAGGUGGGCGAAAUACUAAGGCUGCAUCUUCUGUUUCCGAAAAUAAUGAAGGCGGGCGAAUUUUGCAGGUCCUUGCCGAUAUUUGUUAGCCAAAUGGAUUCAAAGAAGUAGGGGUAUCAGCUGUGAGCCUGUCCUGCCCCCCGCCCCUGGCACCUCCUGGGCCGGCCCAGGUUCUGUGGCGGGGGGGGGAAACCCCACCAUGAAGAUGAAGCAAAGGAAGCAUGUGUUUCUGGCGGCCGUUGUGGCCUGGGCCCUUCUGUGCCUGGCGCUCUUCGCCUACAGCAUGGACGGGCGCUCUGAAGAGCAGCCCACCUCCCUCCAGCAGUCUCAGGAGUCCCACGCCGAGACCCGUCGCCUCACCUCCAUCCAGGCCGACAGCCGGCCCACCCCCGCCUCUCAACCGGACCCCCCGCGGCCGGCGAAUGCGGCCAGAGGCCCGCUGACCGUGCCGGCUCCCCGGUCCAACUCAGGGAAGGAGGCGGGGGAGGGGGAGGAGGCCAGGAAGACCAUGCGCACCAGCAAGACCACGCGCCAGAGCGUCAAGGAGAGGCCCAAGGAGGAGGACCCGGAGGAACUCUACUUCUCCAAGGAGAAGUCGGUGAUCCGCAAGCUGUGGAAGGGCGACGUCUCGGCACGCAUGCUCAGCGUCCACCUGCAGAGGGCCCAGAAGAACUACGUGAACAUGAACAAGCACCGCGCCGUCUACGGGGGGCGCCGCAAGACCCAGCUGAGAGGCCGGGAGCUGCUGUGCGAGAUGAAGAAGCAGGUGCACGUUCGGACCCUGGACGGAAGCGAGCAGCCCUUCUCCGGGCUCGGCUGGGACCGCUUCGUGCCCACCCGACCCCUGGAGCAGCUCUACCAGGCUCAGUUCAGCACCUGCGCGGUGGUCGCUUCCGCGGGGGCCAUCCUCAACUCCAACCUGGGCAAGGAGAUCGAUUCCCAUGACGCUGUUCUCCGCUUCAAUUCCGCGCCUACGGAGGGCUACGAGAAAGACGUCGGUAACAAGACCACCUUGCGCAUCAUCAACUCUCAGAUCCUGGCUAAGCCGCAGCAUCGCUUCAGCACCAGCUCCCUGUAUAAGGAUGUGGUCCUGCUGGCCUGGGACCCAGCACCGUACACUGUAAACCUGCAUAAGUGGUACCAGAGCCCGGAUUACGACCUUUUCAGGCCCUACGUGGAGCACAGACAGCGCCGCCCUGCCCAGCCCUUCUACAUCCUCCACCCAGCAUUCCUCUGGCAGAUGUGGGACGUCAUUCAGGGACACACCCAGGAGGAAAUCCAACCCAACCCGCCCUCCUCCGGCUUCAUCGGAAUCGUCCUCAUGUUGUCACUCUGCGAGGAGGUCCACGUGUAUGAGUACAUUCCCUCUGUGAGGCAGACGGACUUGUGCCACUACCACGAGCGUUACUAUGACAUAGCCUGCACUCUGGGCGCCUACCACCCACUGCUGUAUGAGAAGAUGCUGAUCCAGCACAUGAACAUAGGCUCAGAACGUGACCUCAAGAUGAAUGGUAAGGUCACGCUGUCUGGGUUCAGUACAGUCAACUGUGACUCCUGAUUACUCAGCCUUGACCCCGGGUCUCUCUCUCUGGUGGGAAGGACUGCCUGAACCACAACCAGAAACAUAGCCAUAGCCAAUCAGGGCAUGACACAUAUUCAAAAGGAGACUAACAGCAGCUUAAUGGCUACGAGCAUAAAGACUGGGUCUGAGGGCGGGUGGCCAAACAUCUCCCUGCCGUUAAAAAAAGGAACAUCUCCUCAAGUCAUUUUGCAUCUUCUGAGCCGAAAUCAAGACAAACAAGAAAAAACUGGAGCCUAGUGCUAAUUAAGAUGAUAAGAUAGCAAUAGGUAAUUGUUUGUGUGUUUUCUGGAUGUGUGUUGCCAUGACAAAUGCUCGUUUUUCGAGGAAGUCCCAGAGAGAGCUAGCUGUUCUUUGCAGAGCGAUGUCUUAUUUACAGUAACUUGAGAUUUUAUGUCCAUAUCCAUUAGUGGCUGAAUGGGUGUGAUACUUUGGUCAAUACUGAGUGUUACACAGACUUUCAUGUCCUUACUCUAGGGAUCAGCCAUCAUCAUUCUGUUAAUCGGUAACCCUGAAGCCAUCAAAUGCCUCGAUGUGCAUUGUUCUAAAGUCCAUUAUCUUCCUGGUGUUUACAUUUUUUUCCAAAUACAUAUUUUUUUUUGGAGUUAUUUCUACAACUGUAAGGUCUUGUACCAUAGAUAAAGCCUUAUGUGCAUCCAUUUGCUGCACACACACACACACACACACACACACACACACACACCGCAGUGUUCCAAGGAGAGUCAGAAACCAGUGUUUCUUUACUGUGGCCAAAUUCAUAUGGAGACACCUGUGUGUUCUCGUUUUCUGUCUACCUGAGCUCAAUUAAAUGAGUUGUAAAUUUUAGUUUAAUUUAUUUCAAAUUAAAUAAUUUCGUUUUUAAUGUUUAACCCCCAUGGUGGUACUGUAAAAGCAGAUUCCACCACAGAACAACAUUAAACUCAUUUAACAGACCAACGCACAAGUGAAUAAGUAUAUCUUAGUGGCUGGCCGCUGCAAUCUCUGCUCAGAAAUAUUGGCAGCAAAAGGUGCAAAUUUAGUAGCGGUAUACAUCAUAAUGAUGCCACCACUACAGCUCAAAUAAGCUACCAACACCAGCUCAUACCCAGCUUGACCAGCUUCAUGACCAGUUUGGCCAUGCUGGUUCACCAACUCAUAACCUGCUAGACCAGCUUAUGACCAGCUUGAUCAGCUCAAUUUCCAAGCUGGUCAAGCUGGCAUAGCUAAAUUUUACACUACUUUCUUUAGUCGCUAGCUUAAGAAAGUAAUCAGUCACAGAAAAGUUUCACAACCAUAUAAAACAAUGGUUAUUGAGUCUAUUAUCAGGUGUAAUCUCCAUCUGAAAGCUUGAAUGACUUCCAGGAAAGACUGCUUAUAAAACAUGUUAGUAUAUCAAUUGUGUGUGUGUGUGCAUGAGUAUACAGUAUACUUUACAGAUAGGACAUGCACAUUAUCUGUUGGUAAAUAGCCUGUGGUACAUGUUCUCAAUAUAAGCAAUGGUGUUCAGUUCAAUGUUUAAUGUACUCCUGUUUGAAGAGAAAAAAUGACUCCUCUAUGUUUCCAUUAAGUACCACGUGAAAGCAUACAAUGUUUGAAUCCGUAUAAGCCUUAGAACUUAGUCCAUUCCCAUUUUCUUCUCAAGUACAGUGCAUAGACAUGGGAGUCACAAGACCGAUUAUUCUACCCACUGAAUUUUCAAGAGAAUAAAAAUAAUGAAUAAUAUUUUCUUGGAAAUAAAAUGCACUUAGCCUGCAAUUUUAAUCAGGGCUUCGGGUAUUUUUCUGAUCAAGUCAAGUAGUUUUUUUCCCCCCAGAUCCUUUUAGCAACAGGUUGGUUAUUCUAAAAAUACAAGUCAAUCUUUUUUAAAAAUAAAUUCAUGAAUUGCCUAGGUACAGUGUGUACAAGCUGUGUAACAGUAUAAGCUGUGGUGUUCUUUAAUCACUGGUUCUAUGUAGGGAUGUCAGGUUAUAACAAACUAUGAAUUGAUUUGGAAGCACUUAUGAGAAUGCACUGCCGUUGGCUGUGGCAGUCAAAUCUUGAUACUGUGCCAAAUCCUUUUAUGAGGGUCAUGCUGUAUUACGGGCUGUAGCAGCCCUGUUAUUCUUUAAUGACAGAUGUCUCAACAGAUUAUCAUCCUAAUAGAGGUAGAGAAAGUGUUCCUUCUCUGAGCAUUUAAAUACUUCAAUGUGUGGGAGCGAGUGUGGUUGGUGCGUUUCUGUUCAUUCCUUCUAAUGUGUUAUGGAUUUCAUUCACUAUAAAGAUGGCUUUUGAAAUGUUAGACAUAAUGUAAUGUUGGUUUUAAAAUCUUUCUCAGCAAAUGUUUGUAAAACCUUACAUUUCGGCAGGUAAACAAUCACAAUAAAAUUAGAUGUACUGGACUGUACAAAUGCUAUUGACAAGUCACUUUUAUUCACUUUUGGAUGGUUUGGGAGCUGAUUUCUUUUUUUUUCACUCGUUUGUAAUUCACAUAUUUUAUUAGAAAAUGUGUUACUUUUCGCAAUUUGUUUUCUGUUCAAUCGUUUUUUUUCUACUGUCUGAAUAAAAGGGAACCAUACAGGGAAUCAA